AUGACCACACGUGUGUUCCAUGUGGGACUCUUCCCCCUGCAUCCUCCCCCCGCCCCCCAUCCCUUGGUCUAUGGCAGCUCCAGGACCUCGCACCCCGAGACGGACAUCUUACACCGCCAGGCCUACGGGGCCCCCCACCCACUGCAAAGCUAUGCCACCAACCACCACCCUGCAGGCCUCUCUGGACUCUUUGACACUGGCCUCCACCACGCAGGCUCAGCAGGGCCCGACGCCUCCGUCAUGAACCUCAUCUCGGCCCUGGAGUCCCGGGGCCCCCAGCCAGGCCCCUCUGCCUCCUCUCUCCUCUCCCAGUUCCGCAGCCCUUCCUGGCAAACAGCCAUGCAUACUCCAGGCCCCACGGAGCUCUUCAUCUCGGGCGCCCUGCCGGGUUCCAGCACCUUUCCGUCCUCCUCUGCCCUGUCGGCCUACCAGCACCCGGCUUCCUUCGGCAGCCGCCCCUUCCCGGUGCCCUCGUCCCUCAGCCUCCAGGACCCCCCAUUCAGUCCCCCGGCUAACGGGCUCCUGUCCCCUCAUGACGUGCUGCACCUGAAGCCCUCGCAGGCGCCCACGGUGCCCUCCUCGCUAGGCUUUGAGCGCCUGGCGGGGGGUGGUGUCUGUGGAGCAGGGGGUGGCGGCGGAGGUUACCGCCCCAUCAUUCAGUCCCCUGGUUAUAAGACGGGCAAAGGCGGCUAUGGGGCAGCUGCGGGUGGUGCCAACAGGCCCCCACCGCCUCGUUCAACAGCCACACCCAAAUGCCAGAGCCUGGGUGGUCCGGCAGCGGCCUAUGCCACUGGGAAGGCCUCUGGGGCUGGCGGGGCGGGAGGCCAGGCCUAUUCUCCUGGUCAGCCCCAGGGGCUUCUAGGACCCCAGGCCUAUGGGCAAGGGUUUGGAGGGGGUCAAGCGCAGGACUUGAGCAAAGGCCCUAGCUACUCGGGGGGGCCUCCCCAGCCCCCCAGUGGCCCCCAGCCUCCUGGCCUAGCCACGUGUCAGAGCUACUCCCCUGACCAGCUGCAGGGGCAGCUGUAUGGGGUGCAGGGUGAGCCGUACCCAGGGCCAGCUGCCCACUCCCAGGGGCUGCCCACAGCCAGCCCCUCACUCAGCUAUAGUACUGGCCAUUCCCCGGCGCUCUCGGGCCACGGAGGUGGCUGGGGUCCCAGCUCCCUGGGUGGCGGCGGAGAGGCCAGCCCUUCUCACAUCAUCCGCCCGCUGCAGUCGCCGCCUGCCCCUGGUCGCCCGCCUGGAGUCGGCUCUCCAGGAGCCCCUGGCAAAUACCUGAGCUCCGUCCUGGCCUCAGCCCCAUUCCUGGCACCCCCGGGAGCCGGCAGCUAUGCAGGCGGAGCAGGUGGCUACAAAGGCAAGGGGGAUGGCUCGGAGUUGCUGGCAGGCCCCGGGGGGCCUCCCGCUGAGCGCACGGAGGACGAGGAGUUCCUCAUCCAGCACCUCUUGCAGGCGCCCAGCCCCCCGAGGACCUCAGGAGCCGAUGGCUUGGUGGGCGAAGAUGGGGCGGCAGACGCCUCCAAAGGACUUGGGGGGAGUGGCGGGGCUGGGGGUCCCCCGGGCACGCCCUAUGAGCUGGCCAAGGAAGAUCCCCAGAGGUACCAUCUGCAGAGCGUCAUCCGUACCAGUGCCAGCCUCGAUGAGGGUGCCACCGCAGCCCUGGAGCUAGGCCUGGGGAGGCUGAAGGAGAAGAAGAAAGGGCCGGAACGGGGUGGUGAGACCCCCGAGGGGCUGGCCACCUCAGUUGUCCACUAUGGGGCAGGUGCCAAGGAGCUGGGGGCCUUUCUCCAGAAGAGCCCGCCACCCCCGCCUCCCACGGCCCAGCCUGCCCAGCCCACGCCCCAUGGCCUCCUCCUGGAGGCCGGAGGCCCUGACCUCCCGCUGGUGCUGCCUCCUCCUCCCCCACAGCUGCUGCCCUCAGUCCUCAGCCACACCCCCAGCCCGUCCUCCAGCACCCCCAAAGGCAGAGUCCACAUCCUUACCCGGGAGGGGGCGCCCCAACCGCCCCCGCCGCCUCCGCCACCCAUGCCUCUCCAGCUCGAGGCCCAUCUACGCAGCCACGGGCUGGAGCCUGGCGCCCCCAGCCCCCGCCUGCGACCGGAGGAGGGCCUGGAGCCGCCGGGUGCCAUGCAGGAAUUGCUCGGGGCCCUGGAACCGCUGCCCCCCGGGCCCGGUGACACUGGCGUGGGCCCGCCCAACAGCGAGGGGAAGGAUCCCUCGGGGGCCUACCGCAGCCCCAGCCCACAAGGCACCAAGGCCCCCCGCUUCGUGCCACUCACCUCCAUCUGCUUCCCCGACUCCUUGCUCCAAGACUCCCCUCCCGGCCCCCCCGCCUAUGAUCCCUACGGGCCCUACUGCUCCAGUCGGGCAUCUGGAGCAGGGCCCGAGACGCCCGGCCUGGGCCUCGACCACAGCAAGCCGCCCGAGCUGCCCUCCACGGGUCGGGGCCGUGGCCGGGGCAGGAAGGCCGAGGAAGCGGGGGGCACCCGGCUGGAGCCCCUGAAGCCACUGAAGAUCAAGCUGUCUGUGCCCAAGGCUGGUGAGGGUCUGGGGGCCUCCUCCGGUGACGCCCUCUCAGGCGCCGACCACAACAGCUUGGACUCGAGCCUGACUCGGGAGAAGAUCGAGGCCAAGAUCAAGGAGGUGGAGGAGAAGCAGCCGGAGAUGAAGUCCGGCUUCAUGGCUUCCUUCCUGGACUUCCUCAAGUCGGCCCUCGAGGCCGCGGAGAGCGAGGGGCUGGGGCUGGGCUGCCCGUCCCCCUGCAAGCGGCUGGACGAGGAGCUGAAACGGAACCUGGAGACGCUGCCCUCCUUCUCCUCGGACGAGGAAGACUCCGUGGCCAAGAACCGGGACCUGCAGGAGAGCAUCUCGUCGGCCAUCUCCGCCCUCGAUGACCCGCCCCUGGUUGGGCCCAAGGACACCUCCACUCCGGACGGGCCUCCCUUGGCUACUGAGGCUCCGGUCCCAGGGCCGCCCCCUCUCCCAGGGCUCCCCAGUGCCAGCAGCAAUGGCACGCCUGAGCCCCCGCUGCUGGAGGAGAAGGCCCCGCCCUCUCCGCCGCCUGCCCCAGCGCCCCAGCGUGCGCCAUCAGACCGCGGAGCUGUCAUGACCGAAGCCUCGCAGCCCCGGCACGAGGGGCCGGAUAGCGAGCAUUGGCUGGCGCUGCAGACGGGCCGAGAGCCCCCGCCCAUCUGGCGCGUCCAGAAGGCCCUGCUGCAGAAGUUCACCCCGGAGAUCAAGGACGGGCAGCGGCAGUUCUGCGCCACCAGCAACUAUUUGGGGUAUUUUGGGGACGCAAAAAACCGGUACCAGCGCCUUUAUGUGAAGUUUCUGGAAAACGUCAACAAGAAGGAUUACGUGAGGGUCUGUGCCCGGAAACCCUGGCACCGGCCCCCAGCGCCUGUCAGGCGCUCGGGGCAGGCCAAGGGUCCGGCCCCCGCCCCCAAGGCCCCGGGGCCGCCCCCUAAGCCUGAGACCCCUGACAAGAUGACAGCUGAGAAGCCCCCAGAGCGUAUCCCAUGUGUCCCCCCGUCCCCCCCAGAGCGGGCAGUUCCUGGGCGUCUGCUGAAGACCCGGGCGAUGCGGGAGAUGUACCGGAGCUACGUGGAGAUGCUGGUGAGCACCGCGCUCGACCCAGACAUGAUCCAGGCCCUGGAGGACACGCACGACGAGCUGUACCUCCCGCCCAUGCGGAAGAUCGACGGCCUCCUGAAUGAGCACAAGAAGAAAGUCCUGAAGCGGCUGUCGCUGAGCCCCGCCCUGCAGGACGCCCUGCACACGUUCCCGCAGCUGCAGGUGGAGCAGAGCGGAUUUUCGUCUGCCCAGGAGUUCAAGGUGGAGCUGGACAAGUCGGGGUACUACACGCUCUACCACUCACUGCACCACUACAAGUACCACACCUUCCUGCGCUGCCGGGACCAGGUGAGUGCCCCCAGCGCCCUGGGGGUCCACCCCUAUUGGGCUCUGCCAUGGAUACAGGAGCCUGGCCCCUAGCCCCUCCUCCCUCAUACCCAGGAGUCCAGGC